AUGGCCACAAAUGGAUCAGUUAUAGGUGAUCUCUAUAGAGAUAUUCAUGAAGUUCCUUCUGAGACACAGCUAGAGCUACUCCCCAUGGUAGAAAAUGGAUUGGAUUCAACCAAUUCCUGUCCGACUAAUGUACCAGAAGGCACCGGCAAUUCAACUGACGCCAAUGAUGAACGAGAUUACUCAAACUUAGCACUUAAGAUCUUAAACUCCAAACCUCAAUACUACCCGCCGUUGAAUUUUUCACUUGUUGAAGAUGGUAUAUAUAGAUCGGGGUUCCCCAUGCCUUUGAACUACCCAUUUAUAGAGCAGCUCGGAUUAAAAACGAUAAUAUACCUUGGAGAUUUGGGAUUGGAGAAAGUACUGAAGAAAGAUGAGAAAGCCAAGAAGGAGAAAAAGGAAAAGAAAGACAAAGGAGAUUACAAGGAAGAAUCUGAUAAGCCGAAAAAGGAUAAGCUUGGAACGACAGAGAUCUUAAAAGGCUAUAAAGAAUGGAUAGCGACAACAUCCAUUGAGCUUCACCAUUUGCCGAUGGAGUCAUCCCAGGAACCAUUUGUUCAAACUCAAACGCAAGCACAAGAUUCCCUUACCCAUGCACUUCAGCUAAUGUUAGAUAAAAACAACUUUCCUAUGCUCAUUCACUCCAACAAGGGGAAGCACAGAAUUGGAGUGUUGGUGGGUUUAAUGAGGAAAUUACUUCAGGGUUGGUGCUUGAGUGGGAUCUUCGAGGAGUACGAGAAGUUUGCAUUGGGGAAAUCUGAAUAUGAUUUAGAGUGUAUAGAGAUAUGGCAGCCUGAAUUGGUUGUAGAUUUAAAUAGUAAGCCGGACUUCGUUCGACUCUGA